AUGACCUCCAUCCCCGUCAACCCCGCCGGAGAGGGGGGCCCCUCAUCGGCCGCCGGUUCUCGGCCCCGCAUCCUCGUCCCCGAGAAGGUCUCGCCCGACGGCCUCGCCCUGCUCACCCCGCACUUUGACGUCGACGUCCGGCAGGGCAUCACCCCCGAGGAGCUCCUCACCGUCAUCCCCACCUACCAGGGCCUCAUCGUGCGCUCCGAGACCAAGGUGACCGCCGACGUGCUGCGUGCCGGCGCCGCCCUCAAGGUGGUCGCGCGCGCCGGUGUCGGCGUCGACAACAUUGACGUGCCCGCCGCGACCGCCCGCGGCGUCAUCGUCAUCAACUCGCCGGCCGGCAACAUCGUCGCCGCCGCGGAGCACACCGUGGCGCUGCUGCUGGCCACCGCGCGGCACGUCGGGCGCGCCGACCGCGGCGUCAAGGACGGCCGGUGGGAGCGCUCGCAGCUGGUCGGCGUCGAGGUCGGCCGCAAGACGCUCGGCGUGGUCGGCCUCGGCAAGGUCGGCCUGCACGUCGCGCGCAUGGCCAAGGGGCUCGGCAUGACGGUCGUCGCGGUCGACCCCUACGCGAACCCGGACAUGGCCCGCCAGGCGGGCGUGGAGCUGCUGCCGGGCCUGCGCGAGAUGCUGCCCGCGGUGGACUUUUUGACCAUCCACACGCCGCUGCUGGCGACGACGGCGGACCUGGUGGGCGAGCCGGAGCUGAAGAUGAUGAGGAAGACGGCGCGCGUGCUCAACGUGGCGCGCGGCGGCGUGUAA